GAUACAAGGAGGACGCUCUAGGUUUAUGUUUAAAACCACUGCGAUAAAAACCCUAGGUAUCUCCUUUCUCAUCUCCUCCAGGCCGCCCUACAAACCAUUGGAGCUCCAGAAAUCCUCUGCAGUCUUUUAUCAGAGGUAAGCGAGAAUCUACUCUUGGUUCAAUGUUUCUUGCGCCAGCUUAAUCUCCUUCCUUUCGCCUUUCCAUUGUCUAGCUGCUGCAGAAUUUUCGUAAGGUCGCCGAUUCCACUUGUUCGUCUUCGUCUUCGUCUUCGUCUUCGUCUUCUAGCAUGCUUAGGGAUUUUAAUUAUGUGGAUCUAGACUAUGCGUGGUCAACGCAAUAACGUUGUUUUGGUUAGCUAGAUCAUAUUUUUGUUGUUUGAACAACAUGUUCUGCUUCACUGAUUGGCUCCCGUAGUCGCUUAUUUUAUGCUAUGGUGUUUGAUAUUCUAGAUUGCUUUUGUUUCUUGCUUUCUGGCGAGGUAGAGUAGAGAUGGCCGAAGAAGCUAAGGUAGCCGCUAUUGUUCCCGAGUCUGUUUUGAAGAAGAGGAAGAGAAAUGACGAGUGGGCUUUGGCAAAGACCCAGGCAGCAGUGGCGCAGAAGAAGAAGAGUGCCGAGAACAGAAAGAUCAUCUUCAAGAGGGCCGAACAAUACUCCAAGGAGUACAAGGACGGGGAGAGGGAGUUGAUCAGGUUGAAGAGAGAGGCCAAACUCAAGGGUGGUUUCUAUGUCAGCCCAGAGGCCAAGCUGUUGUUCAUUGUCCGCAUUCGUGGUAUUAAUGCCAUGGACCCAAAGACUAGAAAGAUCUUGCAGCUGUUCCGUCUUAGACAGAUCUUCAAUGGUGUGUUCCUCAAGGUCAACAAGGCUACAGUCAACAUGCUACGGAGAGUGGAGCCAUAUGUGACUUAUGGGUACCCUAAUCUUAAAUCCGUUAAGGAGUUGAUAUACAAGAGGGGUUUUGGCAAGCUUGACAAGCAGAGAAUUCCUUUGACCGACAAUGCCAUUGUUGAGCAGGGUCUCGGAAAGUUCGGCAUCAUCUGUGUUGAAGAUCUCAUUCACGAGAUCAUGACUGUUGGCCCUCAUUUCAAGGAGGCCAACAACUUCCUAUGGCCAUUCAAGCUGAGUGCGCCAUUGGGUGGCCUGAAGAAGAAGAGGAAUCACUAUGUGGAAGGUGGUGAUGCUGGAAACCGUGAGGAUUAUAUCAAUGAGCUCAUCAGGAGGAUGAACUAGACGUUUCCUUUUUCUUUUUCAAGCUUUAGAGGCUGCACAACUUUUGCUACUGGGAUACUAUGUUAUCAGGCAUUUUUGGAUGGUUGGGAAUUUAAGUCUCUAUAUCUAGCCGUGCUUGCAUGUUGGUGUUUUCUGGUCGUGUUCUGAACAUCUAUAUUUGUAGUUGCAAGAGGAAUGUUUUGUAGAAGUUUUGGUUGAAUUAAAUCACCGUUCUUGGUAUCAUAUCAGCUCUUCUGUUCAAGCUUUGCUUGUUUGCUUUUGAAAUGUGUAAUGCUAAUCUGGGGUUCGGAUUUGCUACUGGUUGUUCUUUAUAGCAGAUAAUUCGCCCUUAUGAACGCAGAUAAAACCUUAUCAAUUUAGCGUGCGCUAUGAGUUAUUGUUAAUCGAUAAGAGUCUAGUCGAGGCCUAUGUCUCCAACAGUUACUACUUACUAAUCGUCCAAUUGAUCUGCCCGCGCUCAGCUGCCUCCUCUCUUUGUCGAGGAGCAAGAAGUCUCUGAGUCGCGUCCUUUAACAAAGAACAAUAUGAAGUAGGAGAAACGCAGGCUCUGUUUCCUUGAUGUGAGUUUCAGGUCGAUGGAUUACGAGCCUUUCCAGACUAAGAUCAACUUCCGUUGCUGAUUCUGCAGGUGAGGUAUUGCCAACAAAUCCAAUUUGAGCAAAUCCCGUUUUGGCAUCAAAUCCAGUUUUCUGAUUUCCUAGCAGCUUAGGUAUCUUCCCGCUGUAACUUUCCCGCAAUUCCUUAGUUAUGUUCGUGUAUAUAUUUAGGAGACCUCAACUGUAUCUUCAUGGUGUAGCAGAGUAUUAGCUUGCUUUGUUUUGUUAGUUAAGUGAGAUAGCGGGUUGGGUUUGUGGUGAUUACAUCGUGAGUACUGUAAUAGAAUAUUAGUAGUAGUAAGAAGCUUUACCAAUGGGUUGAAAGGUUCUGAAUUUGAUUUUGUUUUCCACGGCAUUAGAAGAUGUCGUGCUUAGCUCAAAGCUAGCUGUUCAUAGGAGUUGCAGAACAUUUUGGCUGCUUAAAUAACAAUCUUCUCCGUCAUUGCUACCUUUAGUUUGUUUCCACGGAGGAAUCACUGUGAAAUGAUCGUAUUUGGGGGUCAUGAAUCUUGUCAAAGUUAGAAUUAGAGACCAGACCCGUUUGAGUGUUCUUUCCUGGUUGUGGGUUUAGCUUCCUUGGAACCGCAGAGUUCUUCCAAUUUUGAGUCUGUAAGUGCUUAAUGGAUGUUGAACUCAAACAACUUUAUAGUAUUACAUGCAUGGAGGCUACUGCUAGACUGGUGCAAAACAACUUGGCAAAUGUUUGGCUGGCUGCUCUGACUUCAAUUGCAGCAGCUCAUACUCCAAGUGCAGCAUCCUUGGAAGUGCAGUAGAGAAACAGAGAGUCAGAGACUGGAACACAGAGGUGUAGAAGUCAUUUUGGUGUUAUGGUUUGGAGUGAUUAGGAAGCUGGAUUAUAUGGAAUCUUUGGGACAAACCUGUUUUGUGAUGUUAGAGUGCGUUGUUUUCAAAUAGUUGAAAACUAUGAAGAAAUACUCUCUUCUGUCAGUUUUGAUUGGUCUGUACUUGUAUCUUCUUUUUAUUUUCUUUGGUUUCUACCCAUUGAUUAAUAAGAUGAAAUCAAGAUU